AAGUAUAAACGUCUGCUCAUAAAAAAUUCAUGCGGCGUGUCCUAUACUUCGUUUAACUUACAUCCGAUCUUCCUCGAGAUCUUACAAAUGUAACGAUCAAACAUUUUUUCUAACUCAUUUUGGAAACAUAAUUCGUGAGGAAUGCUGAUUAUGAAAAAUUCUAUCGGGAAUGAAUGGUGUGAAAUAAAGUAUUUCCGAAAUUCUUCGAGUCUGGUUAAUUGACGCUCGGGAUAAAAGGCUCUGUUGCCCGAGAGAAAAAAAUAGUGUCCGGCGCACCCGGUGUAGCAAAAGGGCGGUUCGUUUUUUUCCGCGACUCCAAGGCGUUGUCUCAUUCUUGAAUCGUUCCCAGUAUUCCACGUUGCCUACCAUUUAAGGAACAAUAAAAAUUCGGAUUCUUGCCAAUAAAAACGAUAUAAAGAGUGGCCGGGAUAAUAACCGAGUGAGUGGGAGUGGGAGAAAGUUCGAUUGUAAGCUGAGAAACGCGAAAGGGCACGAAAAUUGUGCUCACUAAUUUAUCUAACUAUAAUCUUCUUCUUGUUGGAAGAAAGUUUACUGAGGAGUGAACAAACUUUCUAAAAAAAAUCCGAACAAAGUUAAAACAAGGAUUGUGCGACAUAAACUAUGAAGAAUUACGAAAAUACGCGUGAAAAAUUAUUUGUACUCAUUGUCAUACGUGAUAGAGUUUCGAUCAGCUGAUCAUCAAUCGAACUACGACAUAUAAUCUCGUUGACAAAAAUGGGAAACCGUAACAGUUGUUGUGGUUACUCCAGUCCUCAAGCAGGCAGGAAAGAACUUACUGGUGAAAAUACAACAAGAGGACUUGAGGAACAUCUUCCUGAGGGUGAAUUCAGCGUAUCAAAUUUGCAACAUAUUAGUGAAAGAGAACCCGAAGACUGGGAUUCUGAUCCUUCUUUGCAUCCUUGCACCGGCACUAUUUUUAUGGAACGUUCUAAGCAGGCCAUUGAGAAUGGGAUGGUGCGAAAGAAGAGUCAAUACCAAAUAGCCGACACAAGACCCCUUAAAAAAAGCAGUAGUUGUAGUACAAUAUAUUUGGAUGACAGCACAGUAUCGCAACCAAAUUUAAAGAACACAGUGAAAUGUGUUGCGCUUGCUGUUUAUUAUCACAUUAAGAAUAGAACGUCGCAGCGUCAAAUUGAUAUAUUUGAUGAAAAAAUCCAUCCACUGACCAGAGACUCCAUCGCUGAUGAUUAUGAUAAGCACAAUCCUGAGCAUAAGGAGAUUUACAAAUUUGUACGAACGCUUUUCAACGCUGCUCAGCUUACUGCCGAAUGUGCCAUCAUAACUUUGGUCUAUCUCGAACGUUUAUUGACCUAUGCAGAAAUCGAUAUAACCCCGGCAAACUGGAAGCGAAUAGUUUUAGCAGCAAUUUUACUGGCCUCUAAAGUAUGGGAUGAUCAGGCGGUAUGGAACGUCGAUUAUUGCCAAAUAUUAAAAGAUAUCACAGUUGAGAAUAUGAACGAAUUGGAGAGACAGUUUUUAGAAAUGCUUCAAUUCAACAUAAACGUACCGUCGAGUGUGUACGCAAAGUAUUACUUCGAUUUACGUACGCUGGCCGAAGCGAACGAUUUGACAUUCCCGAGUGAACCACUGAGUAAAGAAAAAGCCCAAAAACUCGAGGCGAUGUCGCGAGUUUACGAGGACAAAGUUACAGCUGAAGCGCUUCGCAACGGUAUUAAAAAAUGGUCUAGUUUGGACAAUGUGUGCGUGGGUGGACCACGCCGUAGUAUCGCAAUUCUUUCUUAAUAAUUUCAUACAAAGCAACUUUUUUUACAUCAUCGACGUUGGUCACUCGCCUAUGACUCUCGACUCUUAAAGCUCUUUGCAUCGCUCGUUCUCCCUGUUCAACUCUCAAACCUCGACGUCUUUAUUUCCUGGCGUUUAAAACAUCAGGAUUUAAAAUCAAGAGUUUUUUUACACUAGAAUUAAACAGAUUAAGGGGGAAGUGAGUCGACGAAGAAUGAAAGUAAAAGAAAAGUAAUUGAAGCAAAAACACAUUCCGUAGUGAAGAAUCAACGAGCGGUGUUGUGUCAAAAUAGAAAGAAGAAACUUGAAGAUAAUUGCUCGAUAACUCAGGGUUAAAGAGUUCCAUUCGACGUCAUCAACUUUUCGGAGUUUUUAAUAUUUAUACAUAGAGAUAUAUAUAAAUAUAUACGUUAUAUAUUAUAUAUAUCAUCAUUUUGCCUCGAAAAGUUUCGAUAGUGAGAUCAUUGAGACUCAAUAAAACGCUGCAUUUUCUCUGAGAGCAUCCUGUAGGUAAGAGACUAUAGAACAUCAUGAAUCUUUGCAGGCAUUGAAAAGUAUGUAAAUCCUGAGGAUUAUUCGAUCCUGAACGAUUUCACGAGGUUUCAGUCCUACCACCAGGAAAAUCGUGUACCAAGUUUCAAAGAAUUCAUUGCAUUAGUUUUCGAUGAUAAAGUGAUAUUGAUAACGGUGGAAACCGAAGAAAGUCUACUUGAUUGUAAAACAAAAAAAAUCGAUAACGGUCAAUGAUAAUUGUUCAUUCUUUUUCUACAAUUAUCUCCAUUGAAUAUUAACGUUUCUCGUGCAAUUUUACAAAAAUCGUUUAAUACAAAAGAUCGUUGCAUUUUCCAAGGGUUCCAACUGUUGUUCUUUCUACGAAAACUCCGUAUUUAAAUGAAUUACGUAUUUUUAAGUUAUCGUUAAAUCAAAAGUUGAGCUGUCAUUGAUAAAUCAUGUCUAUCUUCAUAAAUGUGUAGCGGUGAAUUCGUAGUUCAUAUGUGAAUACAAAAACGAUUAUAGGAGGAAGCUCAUUGAGAUCAGACGAAUAUUACAAAUUUGUAUGUGCGAACGAUAAAACUGCUCCACAUCACGUUUUCGCGGAUUAUUGAAUUUGAUUGUAUGCUUAAUCGUCUUUUCUUUUAUAAAUUAAAUAUUCGUCCACUCGGAAUCAGCUAGCUUUAUUUUCUUUCUCUCUGGUUAUUUUUACGACUCUGUGUUUUAUCGCUUGCUAUUUGAUUCACGUGACUCUAGAACUUGUCGAAAGCUCGAUGAUUAUGUUCUUUGCUACGGUUUCAUUCGAAGAAAUUAACGGAAAUGGUGUAUUUACCUAGAGGGACUCUAAUAUAUAUUUUUAUAAAAUAAAAAAGAAAGAAAAAAAAAACGGAACGAAGAAGAUUGAAAUAAAUUCCACUUGCACUGGAGAUCGCAGUGACAAUCCAGAGUCUUCUUAGGAUAUGUAUACGAAUUAGCCGUCGCCGUCGCCGCCGCUGCUGCAGCCGUUUAUAUAUACACUAAGUAUAUAUAGUAAACAGUGCCGAAUCAAACGAUUGAAGGUACGAAUACCGAGCCGAACCUGCAAUUAUAUAAUUUAACAUGAAAAAGAACAAAAAUCAUGAAACAAAUUUUAUCUCAUUUCUUUUUGCAAUUGCAUUUUUACUACGCUCAUGCAAAAUGUUCACUGUACGUGAGAUGAGUAUGAUACAUUUUUUGUAUUACGCCGUUUACGAUUUGUAAUAUAAAUGUACUGAUUUGUCGCCCUCUUAUCGAUAUAGGAGUUUUUAUGUUUAUUUAGACACGUCGAAGCGUCAAUAAAUAAAUAUUUGUACUUAAA